AGCGCUUCAGCCCGCGGCGCCUGCGCAGAAGACUCUAGACGCUGAGAGGCAGGAGGCAGUUGGGAUCGUCCGCAGGAUUUGGAACUGCAACAGAGGCCGCCACGGAGCCCGCCGGAGCCACCGUUUCUGCUGCUGCUGCCGCCGCCCGAGUCGGAACCGUCGGGCUGCAGCCGCCGGCAAUGCCGCGAAGGAAGAGAAAUGCAGGCAGUAGUUCAGAUGGAACCGAAGAUUCCGAUUUUUCUACAGAUCUCGAGCACACAGACAGUUCAGAGAGCGAUGGCACAUCCCGCCGAUCUGCCCGAAUCACCCGCUCUUCAGCCAGGCUAAGCCAGAGUUCUCAAGAUUCCAGCCCUGUUCGAAAUUUGCCAUCUUUUGGCUCGGAGGAGCCUGCCUAUUCUACCAGAAGAGUGACCCGUAGUCAGCAACAGCCCACUCCAGUGACUCCGAAAAAAUACCCCCUUCGGCAGACUCGCUCCUCUGGCUCUGAAACUGAACAAGUGGUCGAUUUUUCAGAUAGAGAAACUAAAAAUACUGCUGAUCAUGAUGAGUCACCACCUCGAACUCCAACUGGAAAUGCACCUUCUUCUGAGUCUGACAUAGACAUCUCCAGUCCCAACGUGUCUCAUGAUGAGAGCAUUGCCAAGGACAUGUCCCUGAAGGACUCAGGCAGCGAUCUCUCUCAUCGCCCCAAGCGUCGUCGCUUCCAUGAAAGCUAUAAUUUCAAUAUGAAGUGUCCUACUCCAGGCUGCAACUCACUAGGACAUCUUACAGGAAAACACGAGAGACAUUUCUCCAUCUCAGGAUGCCCGCUCUAUCAUAACCUCUCAGCUGACGAAUGCAAGGUGAGAGCACAGAGCCGAGAUAAGCAGAUAGAAGAAAGGAUGCUGUCCCACAGGCAAGAUGACAACAACAGGCAUGCAACCAGGCACCAGGCACCAACAGAGAGGCAACUGCGAUACAAGGAGAAGGUGGCUGAACUCAGGAAGAAAAGAAAUUCUGGACUAAGCAAAGAGCAGAAAGAGAAAUAUAUGGAGCACAGACAGACCUAUGGGAACACCCGGGAACCUCUCUUGGAAAACUUGACCAGCGAGUAUGAUUUGGAUCUUUUCCGAAGAGCACAAGCCCGGGCUUCUGAGGAUUUGGAAAAGUUAAGGCUUCAAGGCCAAAUCACAGAGGGGAGCAAUAUGAUUAAAACGAUUGCUUUCGGCCGCUAUGAGCUCGAUACUUGGUACCAUUCUCCCUAUCCUGAAGAGUAUGCACGGCUGGGACGUCUCUACAUGUGUGAAUUUUGUUUGAAAUACAUGAAGAGCCAAACAAUACUCCGUCGGCACAUGGCCAAGUGUGUGUGGAAACACCCUCCUGGUGAUGAGAUAUAUCGCAAAGGUUCCAUCUCGGUGUUUGAAGUAGAUGGCAAGAAAAACAAGAUCUACUGCCAAAAUCUAUGCCUUCUGGCAAAGCUUUUUCUUGACCAUAAGACGCUAUACUACGAUGUAGAACCCUUCUUGUUCUACGUUAUGACAGAAGCGGACAAUACUGGCUGUCAUUUGAUUGGCUAUUUUUCUAAGGAGAAGAAUUCAUUCCUCAACUACAAUGUAUCCUGUAUCCUUACUAUGCCUCAAUAUAUGAGACAGGGCUAUGGCAAGAUGCUUAUUGAUUUCAGUUAUUUACUUUCCAAAGUAGAAGAAAAAGUUGGCUCCCCAGAACGUCCACUCUCUGAUCUGGGGCUCAUAAGCUAUCGCAGUUACUGGAAAGAAGUACUUCUCCGUUACCUGCAUAAUUUCCAAGGCAAAGAGAUUUCUAUCAAAGAAAUCAGCCAGGAAACAGCUGUGAAUCCUGUGGACAUUGUCAGCACUCUGCAAGCCCUUCAGAUGCUCAAGUAUUGGAAAGGCAAACAUCUAGUUUUAAAGAGACAGGACCUGAUAGAUGAGUGGAUAGCCAAAGAGGCCAAAAGGUCCAACUCCAAUAAAACCAUGGAUCCAAGCUGUUUAAAAUGGACCCCUCCCAAGGGCACUUAAAAGUGGCCUAUCAUUCCGAGCCAGCGAGCCCCAGCAGUAGGAAUCCGUACCCUAGGGAUCUGUCUGUCAUUUCUGUUGCUUUUGUGAUUGGCAAGUACAGUAUCCUUUGGGAAGGCCAUCCCCCUCAGGACUGUCCUGGCUCUGACCUUCUUGUACACUGCAGACUCUAGUUCUGAGGAACUGUUGUUUCGGCCUCAGUGAGGUUGCCUGGAUGGAUCUGUAUUAGGCUCAAGUGCAGAUCCCUCAUAGCACUGACCCAAGGAGUUCUGUUAUGGUACUGUACCUGUCCAGUCACUGGUUCCCUCCUCAUGUUCUCUAGCCCCAUGAGGUGUGGUGUGUCCUCUGAACUUUGUACUAGUGCUUCUUCCUGCCUGGUCACUAGACCUCCAAACAUGGUUGCUACCAAAGGGACCUUUCCAGUUACUCCUUGCACACAUGUUUUGUGAAGGGACAGGGAACAGGCAGCACUUGUGAGUAUAUGUGUGUACUGAGAGGGGUCCAUUCACCUUGGAUUUCAUCUCACUGUAACAUUUUUUUCCUCCCAUUUUAUCAAAAGACUUGUUUUUUGUCAGUAUCAGGCUGCCCAGAGCCAGGUACUUCUAAAGUGUUUCCCUGAUCUUAACAGCAUCUGAAUGAGCUGGAUGAAGAAGAGGUAGUGAUUCCAUGGUUUCAUUUGGAUUCACCUGUGGGCACUGCAGCAAUGUCUUGAUGGAAAGUAAUGGAUAAUUCAUUUUGCCAGACAAGAAAGGGCCCAGCAGUCAAUUUUUUUCUGUAUUUCCUGCCCUUUUUUAUGUUUGCAGUUGCCAAAAUAUUUUAACAGUUUUCUUUCAUGGCACAUGUUAACUGGUUAUUUACACAGUGGAUCCUUUUCACCUGCCUGUACCACUCUUGUACAGGGCACCUAUACUUCCACAUAUGUUGCACUGAUUUUGUCCAGAGCUUCCUGGGAGAAGUGGAAAGUGGUUGAAAAUGACUUGUGUUUCUCAGCCCAUGACUCAGCAAGGCAGAGUGGCCACCCUGCUACGGUUUGCUUCCCUUUUCAACCGUACCUCCCCCUCCUCCAGGCUGAAGUGUGUUUGCCCCUCCAAAAACAACUCCAUUUCCUUUUGGGACUUGCCACCGUUGUCCUGUUCUCUGCUCUCCUAUUUUUGGUGGUGUUCAAGUGAAGGAAGAAAUGUUCCCUCUAAUUUCUCCCUGUCCCGUUAUAUAACCUGCUAUCUUGGGGCAGCUUUUGAUGUCUGACAUGUCAUCCUUCCCAACUUGGUCUCCUCCAGCACUGCUGUCUUCACGUGGCGCCCUCACCACAAUCCCGACUCUGGUCAUUUGUGCCUUUCUCUUGUCAUCUCUGUACACUAAUAUUCACUGUGGGUUGGAGGGAGCUGGUUUUAAGCAUGUUCAGUGGCAGCUCACCUCCAGUUUCAGUGUCACUGUUAAAAUGUAUCCAAAAGCAGCUUCACUGGGGGUUUUCUUAGGGGUAAAGGCCUUUUACAGAUGCUGAACCCUCCCCACAUGUGGUAGAAUGUGCUCCUUAUCUACUCAAUAAAGCAUGUUCUCUGCUCA